AUGCGGGCGUCCCGCUCCCUCUCUCAGCCUCACAGCAAGCCACCCAAGCCAUUCCAAGAGGAUCAGGACAGGCUCCACCGCGGCCCAUGGCACGUGAGGGCGCCGACGCCUCUGCCACUCAGCUUUCAAAAAAUCGUACUCGCAGAGGUCUGGGUGAUACGGGACUGGGGCCGGGCGAAGGUGAAAUGCAAGCUUUCUGAGGCCGCUCAGGCGGAUGCGCAGCUCCUGGAGGUGGCUACGGGGCUGGGACAGACGGGGCAACCUUGCCUGCUGGCCUGCCAGGUCUCUGCAGAGACCGUCGAGGAGAGCGGAGAUGGCCAUCCUGAGCUGGAGCCAGCCGAGGUGGAGGUGGAGGCGGAGGCCGCGAGCUCCAGCAGGUUUGGCGCCUUCCUCGGCUCCGCUUCGAGCCUGAGGAUGAAGGCCAGUCCCUUCUUGAGCAAGGCCCGGCAGGCCAUCGUCGAAGAGGCAAAGCUGGUGACGGAUGACGUUCGCGACAUUGCGGGCGGUGUCCGCGAGGGCAUGCAGCUCACCAAACAGGAUCUGCAAGCUCAAACCAAGAACUGGCGGAGUGCCAUCGGAGCUCGCUGGCGGAGCUUUGGUCAGGAAAAAGAGGAACGUACGGGAUAUCCUCCAGAGACCCAAGAAGCGGAUGGUACAGGGGAGAGUCCUGCAACUGGCCUUCAGGCAGUGCGGCAAAAUCUUGCGAUGACAGCAGACGUCUCCAAAGACAUGUGGAGAGAUGUCAAGGAGCUGAAGCAGGAGGUCAUGAGCGAGGUUCGGCACAGCGUCCAUGACCUCCGACAAGUCGGCAAGCAGGUCUUCGGUGGCACAGAGGCGAUCGCGGAGAGAGACGAAGGUGACGCAGAUGCACAGGACACUGGUGAGGCUUCGGACUCCAAGGAGGGACGAAGCCCGCGGGGUCUGGGCAAAGUGAAGACGGCAGUGUUCCGCAAAGCCGGAGACCUGCGAGAGGGGCUCAGAAAUCGGUUGCAGGAGGAGUCGAAGGAAGAGGCCUUCUGGAUAUUGCCCUCAACCAGGGCCAACUAUGCGGAGCUCUCCAGCCCACCGAAUCCGAAUUCCCACGAGGCCGUGAAUCGUGUGAGAUCUCUCGGUGGCAAGUUGAAGGGAAGCCUGGCGCGAAAAGGCCGGGAAGUGUCUUCCGGCGUGGUGAGCAUUGCACAGGGCGUCCGUCAAAAGGGACAAUCCUUGAAGGAGGCAGUCGGUACAGGUCUCCCGGCUCCCCAGAAAAGUGAUUCGGAUGCACUGGAUGCCAACCUGGGCGAUUCCAUCUUUGCCAUCGGCUCCGACGAGGAAGAUGCAUGGUCAGAUGCCGAUGACUUUUGGGACCGGCCGUCUGACUCCGAGACAGCCGCAUCUGCUGCAGGCCCCUCUUUGGAGGGAUCCGAGGCCGCCCGGGAGGGCCCUGCAGAGGCAGAGCCCAAGGAGCCGAAGUAG